UGGUAUUCACCAAGAAGCUACAAUGCCGUGAAACUCAGUCAUUGGCUGUAGCAGCAAGUCUUGAAUGACUACCUUUUUCUAUAUUUAUAUAUUUAAUGUUAUCACAUGCCUACAAAUACUACCUGCCAAUGCGUUUUAAAAACCCAGAGCAAUCACGAGGGUCCGUCCGUCAUAUCAGCUAGAGUAGAGACUUCGUAAAAGAUGGCGACUCUUCCCAAUGGAACUUCUGAGUUUAACAUCCCCAACAUAAAGUUCACUAAGCUGUUCAUCAAUGGAGAUUUUGUUGAUGCUGUUUCAGGCAAAACAUUCGAGACAAUAGAUCCAAGAACAGGAGAGGUGAUAGCCAGGAUUGCUGAAGGAGAUAAGAAGGAUGUUGAUCUUGCAGUCAAGGCUGCUCGCUAUGCCUUUGAUUAUGGUCCUUGGCCACGUUUGUCUGGCUUUGAAAGAGGAAGGAUAAUGAUGAAAUUUGCGGAUUUAAUUGAUAAAAACAUAGAAGAAUUAGCAGCAUUGGAUUGCAUUGAUGCUGGAAAGUUGUUCAGCAGGGGUAAGGCGGUGGAUAUUCCUCUGGCUGCCGACAGUCUUCGUUACUAUGCUGGAGCAGCUGAUAAAAUUCAUGGUGAGGUGUUGAAAAUGUCAGGGCAGUUUCAGGCAUAUACUUUGCUUGAACCCAUCGGUGUUGUAGGGCAUAUUAUCCCCUGGAAUUUCCCUACUUCCAUGUUUUUCAUGAAGGCUAGCCCUGCCUUAGCCGCUGGCUGUACCAUGGUCAUCAAACCAGCUGAACAAACGCCCCUUUCUGCUCUUUUUUAUGCCCGUCUUGCCAAGCUUGCUGGUUUACCUGAUGGUGUGAUCAAUGUGGUAACUGGAUUUGGAUCCACUGCUGGUGCUGCUAUUAGCUCACAUAUGGGCAUUGAUAAAGUUAGUUUUACUGGGUCUACAGAAGUAGGACGUAAAGUGAUGCAGGCUGCAGCAGCAAGCAAUUUGAAAGCUGUUUCACUAGAAUUAGGAGGCAAAUCGCCUCUCUUGAUUUUUGAUGAUGCUGAUGUAGAUAAAGCAGCCGAUCUUGCUCUUUUGGGUGUCGUGUACAACAAGGGAGAAAUUUGUGUAUCAAGUUCACGAGUCUUCGUUCAGGAAGGAAUUUAUGAUGAAUUGGUCAAAAAAUUGGUGGAGAAGGCCAAAGCUUGGGUUGUUGGGGACCCUUUUGAUCCUAAAGUUUGUCAAGGACCACAGGUCGAUAAGAAGCAGUUCGAUAGAAUUCUUUCUUACAUUGAGCAUGGAAAAAGAGAAGGAGCCACGUUGCUAACAGGGGGUAAGCCUUGUGGCGAGAAGGGGUAUUAUAUUGAACCUACAAUUUUCACUGACGUUAAGGAGGACAUGCUAAUAGCUAAAGAAGAAAUUUUUGGUCCUGUGAUGUCAUUGAUGAAGUUCAAGACUAUUGAUGAGGCAAUCAAGUGUGCCAACAAUACUAAAUAUGGGCUAGCAGCAGGGAUUGUAACCAAGAACAUAGACGUGGCAAACACAGUCUCAAGAUCAAUUCGAGCUGGGAUUGUAUGGAUCAAUUGCUAUUUUGCUUUCGACAAUGAUUGCCCCUAUGGUGGGUGCAAGAUGAGUGGAUUUGGAAGAGAUUUGGGAUUGGAUGCUCUUCAUAAGUAUCUCCAAGUCAAGUCUGUUGUAACUCCCAUUUAUAAUUCUCCUUGGCUCUGAACAAACUUGGUUCUCAAAUGUUAAAAGACAAAUCUUAAAAGAAUAAGUCUUUGCUAAUGAGUUUGUCAGUGCCAGGGCUGUAUAUUUCUCUAAUUUAGACCGAAUAAUCCUAGCCUACAAUAAUCUCAUGCGCAUUAUAUUUUCGCAAGCA